GGGGUUUUUCUGCACAAAUAGGGUAGCUGGAGUUUGCUUCAAGACAUCAGUUGACUUCCGUGAUUAUGGGGAUGCUGGUGUAAGGCCUUCAGGAGACAAUGGAGAAAAAAUGGACCUACUGUGCUGUCUGUUCCAUCAUCCAGAUACAUUUCAUCAGGGGAGUAUGGGAAAAAACAUCCAAUACAGAAGACAUCUAUGCUUUCCCUGGCUCUGAUGUCAACCUGACCUGUCAAACAUGGAAGAAAGGCUUCUUGGUGCAGAUGCAGUGGUCCAAGGUCACUGAUAAGUUGGAUCUGAUUGCCCUUUAUCAUCCACAGUAUGGCUUGCACUGUGCUAAUGGCGGUCCCUGUGAGUCACUGGUGACUUUCACAGAAACUUCCAGAAAUGUGUCAACGUGGACUCUGCACUUAAAGAACGUGUCCUCCUCACUCACUGGGAAGUAUGAGUGUGGCUUUACUCUGUAUCCGGCGGGUGUUCAGACUAAAAUCUACAACCUACUCAUUCAGACAGAUGUUACACCGGAUGAAUGGAGAAGCAGCAAUAUAAUAGAAGUACAGAUAAAUCAGACUCUGGAAAUACCAUGCUUUCAAAAUAUCUCCUCGGAAAUUUCGUCUGAGUUCACCUAUGCAUGGUUGGUGCAGGAGGAUAAUGGAACUCGGGAAACACUUAUCACCCAAGGUCAAUCCAUCAGCAAUUCCACAUUAUUUAAAGACAGAGUCCAGCUAGGUACAGACUAUAAACUCUACCUCUCUCCAGUCCAAAUCCACGAUGAUGACCGGAAGUUCUCCUGCCACGUUAUGGUCAGACCUGGCAAAAUCUUGAGGAGUUCCACCACAGUCAAGGUUUUUGCUAAGCCAGAAAUCCCCAUGAUUGUGGAAAAUAACUCUACGGAUGUCUUAAGAGAGAGAACAUUUACCUGCUCCCAGAGGAAUGUAUUUCCCACAGCAAAUCUCACGUGGUUUAUAGAAGGAGGCUUUCCUCAAAGUGAAAAAGAAGGCAUAUACAUUACUAAUGAAGAGAGAAAAGUCAAAGGUGGAUUUUUGGAGCUGAAGUCUGUUUUGACAAGGGUGUAUGGUAAUAAACCAGCCCAGUCAAAUAACCUGACCAUCUGGUGUAUGGCCCUAUCUCCAGUCCCCGGAAAUAAAGUGUGGAACAUCUCAUCUGAAAAGAUCACUUUUUCCUUGGGCUCAGUGAACCCUUCAGCAAGUCCUCUGCUUGAUGUUGUCACAUCAACCCUUAGCACCCGACCUUCUCCAGUCAACAGCGUAUCUCCUACAACCGUCGGAGAAGUGGGUACCUCGACUCCAAAUACCACCCCUCAAACCAGCAAUUCCAGUGUGACUACCCAAGGCUUCAACUACUCCUGGACCCCCAGCGGGCAAGAUACCAAAAACUCAGCUUCAUGGAUGCCCAGUGAAACAUAUACUUCAUCCCCCUCAGGUGCACGCUCAACAAUUCAUGGUGAUGUCUUCACCAGCACAACCAGAACAUUUUCAGAGGUUCCCACACAUGCCACUGGAUCGACAAAAAAUAUUCACAUCCAUAUCACUGGUAUUGUGGCCAAUAAACCUAAAGAUGGAAUGUCCUGGCCGGUGAUUGUAGCAGCUUUGCUCUCUUUCUGCAUAGCAUUGUUUGGUGUUGGAGUAAGAAAAUGGUGUCAAUACCAGAAGGAAAUCAUGGAAAGACCCCCGCCUUUCAAGCCACCUCCACCUCCCAUCAAGUACACUUGCAUUCAAGAGUCCAUUGGAAGUGAUCUGCCUUGUCAUGAGAUGGAGACACUCUAGCCCCUUGAGACUUUGCCAUAUAGAAUUCUGCUAGAAUCCUGUGAGAAGGUGGAUAUCGUGCUUUAUUAAUAUAAUUGCCCUCUAGCCAAGCCUGUACGGCAGCUGCAGUGGAUGUCAGAAGUGAAUGACCUGUUUUCCCAGCAACUCAGCCUCUUUCAUCUGCACAUGCCUGAAAUUGAGCAAGAAUUAGAGGUGAAGUCAUGCUCUGCUCAUACCCAGUGCGAAAUGUAGGAAUGUUCUUGCUUAUGUAAAAAGUGCAAAUUAGGGUGCUGUUAUUAAAAAGUACUUGCAGUGUU